AUGGCAAGGUUCGCUGAUCUACUCUCGGCUGGAAUCAACACAUCAGAAGAGUUCAUACAGAAGCUCAAGGGUGCCCAAGAUCCCAUCUCGAUCGAAAGCUCAGGGCCGUCCUCCUCUUCCGCACCCUCCUCAAUCUCAAAGAUCGAGCUAGCGCAUCUGGCAUGGGAGCUUUCAAGGUCAGGACAGCAGGCGGUCGCGACGGUUAAUAUUCCUCAGCUUCCAUCAGUGCUGCUAGGAUGGCUCCUUGAUACUUUGUCAACUGCAGCAAAGCCGACAGGCAAGGCAAAAGCUGUAAUGUCGGUGUCUUCAGGAUCGCCUCAUACAACUGCAGCCUACUACACACUGCUAGACUCGUUGACUUCAGAGGCAGACCUUUCAGACUUGGCUCAAAAUUCGUUGUCGUCGAUUGCCCCCAGGUCAACGCCUCAAUCCAUCGUCUCUAUCGCUGCUGCCCUCUUCAAGACCGAUGAUGUAGCCCUCUUCAGAUCUUGCCUUCCCGUAGCUGCAGGACCUCUUUCGCGAUUGCUCAGUCCUCUAAUGUCGGGCCUCCUGUCCAGCCCAGGCACUCGGCAGGUAGUUGACGAGGCUCUGCGAAGUGUUUGCGUCAGGAUCGUAAAGCUACCGGAAGGAUUUGAGGAGGAGGACGCUGUCAUGCAGGGUAUUACACGGCUGGUGCAGACAAUGUGUAUGCCUGCUGUAGAGGCCUCUGCCGAGGGUACCUCCUCGUCCUCGUCGAAGUACUUCCUCCAGCAUUCAUUGUUGCCCUGGACCCAGGCUCUCGACCGUCUGUCAAAUUCCUCGAAUUCAGAACAAGACAUCCGUCUGGCGUCGUCAAGGGCUCUCUCGUCCCUUCGAAAAAAUAUCUACGCCUACGGCCAGUCGAUACUGUUCAAUGGUUUAGCUACAAGGCAGCUGCUCUUCCCAUCAUCCGGGGAAACAAGCAAUACCGCUACGCUGGGUUUGACAGCAGCGCUACGACAGCACCUCGAGGCUGGAUUGAACGCCCCUUUUACUACUUUGCAUUUACUUGUCCGAUCUGCCGUCAAGGCUCUACAAGUCUAUUCAGACGACCUUGCUUCGAUUGCGCGAGCUCAUCACAAGAAGAAGGCAGCAGCGUCGACACUCAUGCCAGGUCCUGAAGUCCCCUCCACUGAGUAUCUGGACAGGGAAGAGACCAGACAGGCUUUGGAGAUGUCCCUAUUUGAGCAAUUCAUCGGCCCGAUCUUGGCUUUGGUGACGUCUCCCAAGGCCGCGUCCGCCCGUGAAGCAGCGCAGAGUCGAUCAUCCAUCUUACACGUUAUAGUCGACACUAAUUUCGGCACAACUCUAUCAAAUACAGGGCUUUGGACAAGUCGUCUUACUGCAACUGCCCAGGCAGUAAUUUCAGAAGUGGCGUCGACCGGAGACUCGAAAGCGCUGAUGGCUUCGAUGUCUGCCAUGCAAGCUUUAUGGAGUAUCGAUCAGAAUAUUGCUCGCCAACAUCUGGAGGCGCUGUUCCGUUCCAUAUGCACUCGAGAUCCGGUCUCGGACGUCGACGCCGAGCUGACAGCCAGCUUCCAAGCUCUCGUCGAUGACGUCCUCAUAUCUUUUGCCCGUUCCCAGGAAGUCCCAUCGUUCGUCGCCCUUCUCAUCCAGCAAGUCGCUGACGUCAAAGCGCGGCCGUGGCAUGAACUCAUCGGUCUCAAUUCUCAACAAUUUGUAGCCGCACUGGCAACGUCGCUUGUGCAUCCUGUGCUGUCGGCGUUGAAUAUUCCUGCGGCCAUCACAAGCGAAGCUCUUCCUCCUAUUGUUCGGAUUCAGAGUUUUCUGCGGGAGACAAUCUCUCUUAGCAUGAACGCAACAUCGACCGCAGCUGUCACGACUCGUCCAGCGAAAAAGGCUCGGAAGUCCAGUGCAAGCUCUUUGUGGUGCUGGUACGGGCUUUGUACGGCCCUAAAGAGGCUGGAUCAGAAGAGCGGGUCGGAUCGACUGGAGCAGGUCACCAAUUCGCUUGAGGAGCUCGGAUCUUGCUGGAACCUCCUGCUCGCUGCCUUCGCUGGCCCUGACAAUCAAGCGUUGUCAGUACAGAAGGGAGAGCUCAUGCUGGAGGUUGUCAGGCUCUUGCUCUACAGGAGGGAGAUCGAAAUGGAGUCAAGGUCUACCUCUGAGCCUGUAGCGACGCCGGAUGCUAUGGAAGCAUUCUGGUCGGCUGUGCUCUCAACACUUCAUGGCGGAGAGGCGGGUCCGACGCAGAGUGCGCUCUGGGAGAUGCUCUCCAGGCGUUGGCUGCUCGUUGCGAGCGCAUCGCCGCCUCAUCCAGAGUUCCUGACUGAAGUGUCGUUGCUUCUCAUUGAGACACUGCCGCCAUCACCAAGAGGAUCCUCACGGCUUCACAACAGCUCAGCCGCCGUGAGCCGCAACGCAGACUUUCUUGAGCUGAAGGAGUGGAGAGCAGAGAUCAUGAGCCAAUUCGAUACCCUAACCUCGGGAGACGUCCCUGGCCGCGAUGCACUACGAGUCUUUGCAGCAUUGGCCGCCUUCCCUGAGCAGUAUGUCCCCAGUGAGCUCAAAGAGCUGUUUGUUCAGCGAGCGAUCAGUGCUGCUUCAGCUGUUGCAGAAGAUGCGGAGUCUUCUGGAGACCUAGUGGCAGUGAGGCGCUGGCUGACUCAAACUGGGAAGUCCACCGCAAGGCUGACGAACUCAGUGGCGGAGUCCGUACUCAGGGCCUGUCGCUCUCUAGGAGGGGCUUCGAGCCCAAGUCCAGCUCUCGAGGAGGCAAAUGAAGAACUCAUUCAGAUCUGGCUCACAAGACUGGUCGAAUGCCAGCACCUGGACGACUCCCAGCUGCAAGCUCUGGUCAGCGAUUUAGAGAAGAGUCGCUUUGCCAACAUCCUACUCGAGGCCUUCAUUGGCACAGGGCAGAAGAUAGCCUCGGGUGUCAAGUUCUCACUGAACGAUGCUGGCUUGCUGUCAUCUGACCCUUUCGAACGUUGGAGCACACCUGUCUCUGCGUUCAAGGGUGUCAGACUGGCGCUCAGCCUAGCCACGAUUCAGAAUGGUGAAGAUGGAGAGCAGGUCCGACAGACGCUCGAAUGGGCUGUCAAGGUGUUCGACGCUGAGGAAGUCUGGCUCUCAAGGUCUGCCAUCGUCGACGAUGCUCUGCCUUCAGAGUAUCUCGCGUUGGCUGCAGUCUGCUUUGAGAGUGGCGACGGAGGUCGUGGCUCUAGCCUAGGACAGCGCAUUUUCCGAGGCUUCGCCAACAUUUCAGCCAAUCGAGACAAGGAAUCAGGAAUCGCUGAGGUCGAACGUGCCUUUCAUCGGGCUUCUGCUCUUCUUGCUGUCGAGGAGUACGAAGACACGUUGAAGUCUUUGAUCCAGGACAUCGAAGUCAGGAAGCCAAUGGAGGGAGCACAGACCAGAGCAUUGCUGACGACGCUUGGACUUCUGCUCAAAUACGGACCGGAAGGUUCUCUGCUUGUCGCACAGAAGCAAUUCACCCGCCUUCUCAGUCGACUGCAGCACGUAACGGCGCAGGGAGACACGCAAGUGCUACUCGGCGCACUUCGGGUCGUCGAGACCAGUCGAGAUGGAGCCCAGUGCUCUGCUGUGAAGAGCUCCGCCGCCGCAGAUGCUCGGGCCAUCUUCUCUUCCGUUGUUGGCACAGUCGGGACUCUCAUCAGACUCAGGAAAGAGCUUCUGCUGCCCAUCCUACCCCAACUCGCCAUUGUCCUAUCCCAACUGCCGGCCCUCCUGCGCAAGCCCGCUCCGGGUCUCACGGGUCUGCAGAGGGCCAGAGUGCUCGAUACAAUGCCCGAUUGGCUCGCCGAUGCCUGGAGCGUGCGGGACGGCGACGAUCUCGAUCUCGUCAACGAUGUCGAAGGGAGCUCAGACUCCUCACAAGAAGUCCUCGGCGAGUCGCACGCCCGCGAAUUCUCCCGACUGCUCGAAGGCAUCACCUCCAAGACGACUUCAGGUCGUACGCGUCGCGAAGCCGCCGCUGCCGCCUCUGGCGGGUACGGUGCGCAUGGCAGUAAAGUGGACUCGCUCUCGAGGCCCUUCUCAAAGCACGCAGUGUAUGUCAUCCUAGCCUACAUCCACGCCCUCCUCGACGGCAGCUCCAGUGACGUGACCAGUCUCAGCUCCCUAGGCAUGGGCGCUGGCAUGGGCAUGGGCGACAUUGCCGGCAGCGCUUCGAGCUACCUGGACCGACGAGUCAAGCGGGAGCUUCUGGUCGGCCUGUCCAACCUAUGUGGAAUUAUCGAUGAGAGCGAGCGAGACUGGGUGCUGGUGAGCGAUCUGCUGGAUGAGGCCGGCAAGAGCGUUUUCAAGGAGAUUUGGAGGUCGUGGGAGAGGGGGAGAUACAAGGGUGUAUGAUC